AUGAUACAGGAACGACUCUCAAGGAAGUCAGAGGCAGCUGAUCUUCGACGCGCAUUCACGCUUCUGGACACUAAAGGAGAUGGGAAAGUGGACGCAGUCGAGCUAGGCCUCGUCUUUCAGAAGCUUAGGCAUAAAGAGAAAAAGUCAGAAAUUGAAGGCAUGAUAUGGGAAGUGGAUGAAGACUGCGAUCAAUGCCUCACCUGGAAAGAGUUCCAGGAUAUGUACCACAGAUGCAGAAAUGAUCAGACAGGGUACGAGCCUCAUCGCCUGUUCAAUGUCGUGCAAUUCCUGAUGAACGACAAGGAGGGCAAGGGGACUGUGUCUCUGGAGGAGACCAUGCAGAUCAUGUACCUGAGAUAUGGGCGCCAGCUGCUGGAUGCACAGCUGGAGGAGAUCUUUGGGACGUCCGAUCUCAACAGCGGCAAGACGCUGACACUGACCCAGUUCCUGCACAGCUUGCAUGUCAGCCAGAUUCGGCAGCUGAACAGCCGCGUCACAGCCAAAACUUACCAGCCUCCAGCAGUCAUCCUGAAGAAGCAGGUGUCCAGUGUGUAG